GCGAUCGAGAAAAAAAUUGCUGGAGGUUGAAGAUGACCGAUCCAAAGAGAACCAGAUAUGGGUUAGGGUUUCCUACAAUGUUCUCGUUGCGGUUUCCUGGAAAUUUUGAAUUUUUCGAUUUUGGGCGGAGGAUUCAGGAACGUGAUAAGCUUUUAGCAGAUUGGAUUGUUUUUGCUGGAUUAGCCGGAUAUAGAAUACAAGCAGCUGAACAUGAAGGGGCGUGUACAAUGGGAUGAAGCUAAUAUUGUGGAAAUUGAAUCCAACAAACCUGUCAGGCAGAAGAUUACUGAACCAAAGACACCGUACCAUCCGAUGCUUGAUGAUGAUGGUUCUCUGUCUCCUAGAAGAGGAGCGUUUGACGAAUGCGUUGAUGAUAUGCAACGUGAGGAAGAACUGAGGAAUGCUCUGAAUGAUGAAGCACCUUCAUCCAGUAGAAAUAUUAGCCAGGGCUCUGCUUCUGGUGGCUGGAGCUCGUCCGAGGAUGAAGCAGAUCCAAUGGAUCAAGAUGAUGAAGACUCCGGAGGUGGGAAAAAUGCACGUUUCAAUGAACACAGAAGAGUACAUUACGAUGAGUUUCGGAAGGUGAAGGAACUGAGAUCCUCAGGGUCGUUUUAUGAAGAAGAAGAGGAAGAAGACGAUGUUGCAAAAGGUAGUAAGUCAGAGGCAACAACUUCACGACACACUAAAGGCAUUAACAAAGAGUUAGAUGCAGCAGCGACAACAAAAUCGGGCAAGUCAUCUUCAUCCUCGAGUUGAUAUGAACCUCUGUGUUGUUCAGUCAAAUGUGUACUCUUGUCCAGGUUUUACAGAGCUUUCUAUCAAUUAAUCUUUGUUUUAUACUAAUCUAAACCUUUGAAAAAGAAAAAAAGAAGAAGAAGAGAAAUCAUCAAGAUUCUGAAAUUAUGUUAUUGUUUUUGUAGCAUUUUAACGCAAUUGCUUAAAAUCUUUUUUGUUCUU